AUGGCCACACAAGCCUUUUUGUUCGCCACCUACAUCGCCGCUUUCGCCGUCACCUGGGCCCUCGCCAUCGCUUAUUAUCAACAAGGCGCCAGCACACCGCCGCAUUUAAUCCUAUUUGCGCCAAUUUACUUGGUGAUAGCCUGCGGCAUCAACGGGGUUUUGCAAAUUGCCCAGAAAGUCUACAAUUUUGAUGACUGCAUUGCGGCAAAACAAGAACUUGUUGGCGAAAUCGACGAAGCCAGAAAAACACUGAAGUUUCUCAAUGAG